AUGCCUGCUAUUGUCCUCAUAAACCCAGGUCAAGCUGGCUCUUUAUUAGGCGUACUCAAAACUCCAGCCGAAGAAGAAGCCGCAGCUAUUUGGGUCGAACCAGCUUACAUUCGCGUAUUGGAACUAGGCGAGUACUUCUACAAAUCCAACUCUCUUAAUUCGUCAAUUGAUAAUAAUAGUUUGGAAACACGAGAGCAUAUGGUUGAAUUUGAUGACUUCCAGACUCAUCGGUUAAAACAUGACAAAUGUAAAGCAGCGAAACAAGCUUCGCCAUCAAUUCCAACAUCACCACUAGAAUCUAAGUAA